UCUCAUGAUUGCUUAUACUUAGGAGAUGUCUUCUGCACUGUUCAAGCACUUCAAGCCGCCAGAACCCACCAAGGAUGUAUUAGCUAAAUUCAGAGCUGGAACCAACUGCACUGUUAUGCCAUAAUCUUACACUUUGCUUAUACUACAUGAAUUUGUAGGGAGUUUUUUAAAAAUCUUACUCUCCAGCUGUGUUUUACUCUUUAGAUGCAAUAUUAAAUCUUUUCUGUUCUAAUCUGCUUUUAACAUUUAAAUUUCUAGAUGUUUUUCUACAAUUUACAAAUUUGAAAUAGGUUAUUGCUGGCACUGAAAUGUAAAACUUAAUUGCUUGUCUAGGGGGGAAAAAACAAAAGCGUAAGAUUAAGAUGAAAUCAUAUGACAGAUUUCAUUUGUUGCUAAUGUUUCAGAGAGGAAGUAGCAUAAACAGAGCUUGUUUGUAUCAUUCUUCAGCAGACAGGUACAGUUAAUCUUUCUAAACAUUGCUCAUUUUUCCAGUGGCUCUUUUAUGUCUUUUCUCCUUUUGUCCAGACUGAAGUAAUCUAAUUCAUUUAAACGCACAAGUGGCACCCAGGAAAGAUGACGCCAUGUCUCUGUUUUCCAGCUUGCACGGUGAAGUGCCCCUGUUGUCUGAGCACUCGACCUUGCCUUGCCGUGGGAAAGCCCCUGGGGCGCUGGCGCGGUGAGCCCCUGGCUGCCUCCAGUGCUUUCUGACACUAUUCAUGCAAUGUGCUUGGGACAUUUCGAAAUUAAUUCCCAAUUUGGGAUUCAGCGAUGAUGUCUGAGUUUCUGUUAGGCUAUACCUGGAGCUUCGUGGAAACCAAGGCUUCUGCUCCACCUCCUGAACCUCUCAGGUCUCUGAUGCUUCCUGUCAUUAUUGGUUGACAGGAACCAUGAAGCUUCUUCUCUGUGAGAUGUUUCAAUGGGGACGGAAGAGAGAUUGUCCAAGCGAUGAUGAUACAGUUGAUUAUGCUAUUUGUGAAAUUCCUGCUGGCUUUUUAACGCUUCUUUCAGUAUAUUUGCCGCAUUCAUUCUGCCUUUCCCUCUCUGGAGGACGCCUGGGUGCAGGAGAGGUGCUGCUGCCGUAGCGAAAUGUCCAUGCGCAGGAAAGGGGAGUCUUUCAAAUAUGCAGAAUAUAUUGAAUGCAAGCAACACUAAAGAGAUUUUUCUAUUAAAAUAUGAUAUUCAGCUGACUAAAAGGUAAAUGUGUUGGAGGAGGUGUAGACCGGCGAAUAGACUGGGCAAUAGUAUGUUACUGGCACCCUAAAAACAGCCCCGAGAUGAUUAAAUUGCCUGAAACAUAUCUGAAAAGUGCUGCUGGCUUGAAUGAUUUUUUUUAAUGGCAUCUGCGGAAUGUUGCAUAAAGUUCCUCGCUGUUCAUCCUUAAACAAACCUCGCGAAUUGGAAGUGACAUGAAAUUUUCAAAGUAUCUGAUGGUGACGGAUGAAAGAGCAGUGCCUGUCUGUCCUCCUGCCGCAAGAAGCCCUUCAUGGCAGCGGGCAGCGCUGCCCAACGUGCAGCUGCAGAUAACCAGGCGAUGUGCUGCAGACACGACUUCAGGAAAUGGAACGGUAAUCGACUCCCAUCGUGUUUGGGAACGACAUGAGCACAUUGAUAUGCAGACAAACAAGAAAAUGAACAAAGGAGAUGAAAAAGAUAUCCAUUUCUGUAUGACAAAGAGGCAGCGCUCCGGGCUCAGCUCAGGCGCCAGCGCUGCCAGGGGUUGCAGGCGGCCCCCAAAUCCCAUCUCCCUGCUGCCACCCUGGUCCUGCCCCACGGGCCCCGGGACCCCUGCCAGGAGCCUGCUGCCAGGGCUGGCUCCCCGAGGAAGAGCUGCAGGAGGGGCAGAGCAACGCUGUGUUUUAUUUCCUUGGCAGCAUGUCCCGUGCUGCGGCAGCGCUAGCAGGAGGUCAGCGAGACAGCCUGGACCUGCACUAGCCCCACCGUCCAUCACCCCGGAGCCCUCAGCCUGCAGCCAGACAAAGAGGGCAGGAGGAUCUAUGUUUGGGAAACAGAGUCUCUUUAUGAAUAAAGCAAGCUCCAGCAGCCUGCACCUGCGUGAUUUUUUUAAGAACACAAAACAGCCCGAGGAAGAGCAGCCUUCAUCAGAGCCACGGGGCAAAGGGAGAUGCAGGGGACAAAGAAAACCAAGAUUGGGCUUUUUUUGCCCUUGCUCACUUCACUUAGCUUCCUUUUUAAAGGAGGGGGCAGGGGCAACGCAGGGUUGGUAGGGGCAAAGCUGUUUGGUGUUUUUGUCCCCACACACUUCAGGCUAUUUUCUUAAGGGAAGGGGGUGGGGGAUGGAGGAGCUAAUUGGGGGAGUUUCUAGGGCAAAAUCCAAUGUGAUUUGCUCCCUGGUCCCCACCCCUUAUGGGAAAAUAGCCUAAGUGAAUUGUGUGGGGACAAAACAAGAGAAAGGCCGGCCCCUUUGAGCCCUAGUGGUGCAGCUGCGAUGAGCUCUUCCAGAUGCGGGAGCAGCCAGGGAUGUGGUGGAGGUUGGGGCAGGGGGAGCCUAUUUCUGCAAGCUGUUAGCAGGAGGCUAA